AGCACCACUGUGAUUUAAACCUACUUGCUUUUACACAAGUUUCAAAAAGUUAUACGGAUUAUUUUCUUAAUCAAAGUGUCCUGAUCCACAGUGAUGGCUACAAUAAUAAGUCCAUACUCGUGGACAGAGGGUUUGGACUCUCCUGCUGGGGAAGGCAAGCCCAGGGCUGGACUCACAGCUCACGAAUCUCCAGCCAGAAACAAAGCUGAGCCACGAAUUCGGAGACCCAUGAAUGCCUUCAUGGUCUGGGCAAAGGAUGAGAGGAAAAAACUUGCCAUCCAAAACCCUGAUUUACACAAUGCAGAGCUAAGCAAAAUGCUGGGCAAAUCAUGGAAAGCACUCACUCCUUCACAGAAAAGACCUUUUGUAGAAGAAGCUGAAAGAUUGCGAGUCCAGCACAUGCAGGAUCAUCCCAAUUAUAAAUACAGGCCUCGGAGGAAAAAACAGAUCAAACGUCUGUGCAAACGUGUAGACCCCAGCUUCCUGCUCAACAACUUCCCCCACGAUCAGGCUCCUGGUCACAGUGGAAGAAUCUGUAGGGGGCCUCUGGAGGAGGAAGAGGAUAAAAGCUAUCCACCAGCCUCGAGACUUCCUGCAAUCAGCAGAUUCAGGGAUGCACAGAAAACAAGUGGUAACUUCGACAACUACGGGCUACCUACACCCGAGAUGUCCCCUCUAGACGUAGUGGACGCUGAACACAGUUUCUUUCCACCUCCGUGUACAGAAGAUUCUCCUUCUCAGAUGAAUGGAGUGAUAUAUCAUUCAGAAUACAGCCAAAGCCCCAUUCGAUGUGGAAAUCUGAAUCAGAUCUCAAUCCCCCAAAAUAGAUCUCCCAUGAUGCACCCUUCAGCCAGCCACCCCCCACCGCCUCCUUAUUAUAGCCGAGUCCAACAUCCAGCCUUCCAGUCCAUGAAUUCAAGCACAUCAGUCCACCUUUCUCCCCCACGUGACCACCAUCACCUAGAUAACCUGGAGCAUAUCAGCCAGGCUGAGCUUUUGGGGGAAGUGGACCGCAAUGAGUUUGAUCAGUAUCUGAACACCUCCAGUCAACUAAAUCAAGCAGGAAUGGUAAUGAAUUCACACUUACCUGAUGUGAGUCCAUCAGGAGGCACAAGUUCGGAGAGGAGCCUAAUUUCAGUCUUAGCUGAUGCUACUGCGGCAUACUAUAAUGGCUCCUAGUCCAGAUAUUAGUAGACUAGAACUUUACUGGCUAACAACAGUAUUAUUUACAAAGAUCUUUGGACUGGAAAUAUCCUCAGGGUUUUAAAACAAACCAGUAAUGAUCUUCAUAAAUGAAAAACAACCAAAAUAUUUAUGUUGGUUUGAAGUAAUUUUUGUUUCUAAGGUAAAAUAUAAAACUGCUUAGUACUUUGGCUACUUGCUUUCCAAAUUAGUCUGAAAUGUUUGUGCUUGUAAAGAGCUUG